GAAGAAGAAGAAGAAGAAGAUGGGUUCUGAUUUGAAUUCAUCAGUUCAUAUAGUGCUAUUUCCAUUCAUGUCAAAAGGCCACACAAUUCCGAUGCUCCAAAUCGCACGCCUCCUCCUACUCCGCCGCGGAAUCACCAUCACCAUCUUCACCACCCAUGCAAACUCUCCUUUCAUCCGUCAAUCUCUAUCCGAUACACAACCCAAUGUCUCAGUCAUCGAACUAGAUUUUCCAACAAACAUCCCGGAGCUCCCACCGGGUAUCGAGAGCACCGAUCAAUUCCCUUCCAUGUCUCUCUUCAUCCCUUUCGCUAACGCCACCAAACUGAUGCAACCAGACUUCGAGAAAGCCCUCAACAACCUCUCUAUCUCCGGUGGUGUCAACUGCAUAAUCUCCGAUGGCUUCUUAUUUUGGACUCAGAAAUCCGCUGAGAAAUUUUCCAUUCCAAGACUUGUCUUCUACGGCAUGAACAACUACGUCAUGACUCUCUGCCGAAUCCUCGGCAGGAAUCGUUCCCAUCUAAAACUCGGUCUUGACGAGCCCUUCACCGUGCCUGGUUUCCCAUCGGUCAAGCUCACCUUAAACGAUUUCGAGUCACCCAUGAACGAUUCCAAUCCCCAGGGCCCACACUUCGAAUUUAUAGUGGAAACAGGGAUAGCUACGUCUAAAAGUCAAGGACUCGUGGUCAACAGCUUCUACGAGCUCGAGCCUGCUUUCUUGGACUAUUGGAAUCGUGAGUUCGUUCCUAAGGCCUGGUGUGUGGGACCCUUUGGCUUGGUGGAAAAAACGAAGUACGACCAGGCAGCGGAGAAAUCCAACCCCAAACCCGAUUGGAUCAAAUGGCUUGACCAGAAAUCGGUCGAGGGCCGGUCUGUUCUGUAUGUAGCGUUUGGGUCUCAGGCAGAGAUCACGAAGGAGCAGCUAAGAGAGAUGGCAGCUGGGUUGGAGAGGUCGGAAGUGAGUUUCUUGUGGGUGGUAAGAUCGAAGGGAAGUGAAGGGUUGGAAGAGUUGGAGGAGAAGGUGAAGGGGAGAGGAUUGGUGGUGAGGGAGUGGGUGGAUCAGGUGGAGAUAUUAGGGCAUGAGAGUGUGAAGGGGUUUAUGAGUCAUUGUGGUUGGAACUCGGCGUUGGAGGGUAUAUGUACGGCGGUUCCGAUCUUGGCAUGGCCGAUGAUGGCGGAACAGCAUUUGAACGCUCGAAUGGUGGCGGAAGAGCUGGGCGUGGGAUUGAGAAUUUUAGGAAGUAACGGGUCGGUUCGUGGGUUUGUGGGUGCAGAGAUUGUGGAGAAGAUGGUGAGAGAGUUGAUGGAGGGAGAAGAAGGGGAAAAGGUGAGCAAGAAGGUGAAGGAGGUAGGGGAAGCUGCUAGGAAGGCCAUGGAAGAAGGUGGGUCGUCUUGGCGUACAUUAGAUCAGCUCAUUGAUGAGACUUGCAGGAAUACGGACCCAACUCAUUUACUUCCGUGACUGU